AUGGGCGAGACGGCCAUGGGCGGGUACGGGCUGGACAAGCCGCCGCGCUGCAGCAUCAGCUUCGACACGCCGUGCGGCGCCCUGCUGCGCGAGCUCGAGCAAAUAUGGACGGAGAUCGGGGAGCAGGAACAAGAUAAAGAUCGGAUGUUCCAAGAACUCGAGGCGGAGUGUAUGCGUGUGUAUCGUCGGAAGGUCGACAGUGCUAAUGCUGAUAGAAGCCAGCUCCGCCAGUCAGUGAUGGCCAAAGAAGCAGAGCUUAAAGCUUUAGUGGCUUCGAUAGGUGAAAAUACUACACAAUUUAAGGUGAAUGAAAAGCAUGCAUCGUUGAAAGAACAACUUGCUGCAGUGACGCCUCUCUUGGAUGAUCUCAGGGCCAUGAAAGAAGAAAGAAUCAAACAGUUCUCAAAUGUGCAAUCGCAAAUCGAGACGAUAAAUGCACAAAUUUCUGAUCACAAUUGUCAGCAUGAUGAUGGUUCGUCCAAACGUCUGACCAAUGAUCAUGACUUGUCAACCAGAAGACUUGCUGAUCUUCAAAUGCAGCUACGCAAUUUACAAAAAGAAAAGUCUGAUCGCCUUCAGAAAGUAUUUGUAUAUGUGGAUGAAGUCCACUGCCUAUGCGCUGUGCUUGGGAUGGAUUUUGCAAAGACAGUUAAGGAUGUGCAUCCAAGUUUGCAUGGAACCAACUCAGAUAAUUCGACGAAUAUCAGUGAUAGCACCCUUGAAGGUCUUACUCAGACUAUCCUGAAGCUCAAAGCAGAAAAGAGGACCAGAGUCUCGAAGUUGCAAGAAAUUGUGGGGAAACUCCACAAGUUAUGGAAUCUGAUGGAGUCAACAGAACAAGAGAGGAGACAUUUCAGUGAAGUAGCCGCUGUUCUUGGAUCUUCCGAGGAAGAGAUCACUUCUCCCAGUGUCCUGUCAUUAGAGACAAUUCAGGAGACAGAACAGGAAGUCGAAAGGCUAACUAAGCAAAAAGCGAGUAGAAUGAAGGAGCUUGUUCUUAAGAGAAGGGUAGAGCUAGAAAAUAUCUGCAGAAAUGCACAUAUGGAGCCUGAUACAAGCACAGCACCAGAGAAGAUCGUUGCUCUAAUCGAUUCUGGUCUAGUGGAUCCUUGCGAACUUCUCUCCAACAUCGAAGCGCAAAUUGCAAAAGCAAAUGAGGAAUCUUAUACGAGGAAAGAUAUCAUGGAGAGAGUAGACAAAUGGCUAUCGGCCUGUGAUGAAGAGACUUGGCUUGAGGAAUACAAUCAGGAUGAUAACAGGUACAGUGCCGGCAGGGGUGCCCAUUUGAAUCUCAAGCGUGCAGAGAAAGCGAGGGUCCUCGUUCAAAAGAUUCCAACUAUGAUUGACAACUUGAUAGACAAGACAUUUGCCUGGGAGGAUGAAAGCAAUACACCAUUUCUAUAUGACGGGGUUCGUCUGGUCGCCAUUUUGGAAGAGCAGAAACUCAGAAGAGUACAGAAGGAGGAAGAUAAGAAACGAUACCGGGACCAGAAGAAGCUGCAGAAUCUAUUGCUUAAAGAGAAGGAGCUGAUCUUUGGGUCCAAGUCUGUUCCAAGGAAAACAAGCAGUUUUAACAGGAGGACGAGCGGGCAUCAUCCAAAUGGAAACGGGGCUGGUUUCAUGACUCCGAUGCCCCGCCGGGUGUCGGCGGGCAGUGCCACUCCUGAGCUUUUGACACCGCGCUCGUACUCUGACAGAAAUGGUGAUACCAUUCUACUCUGGAAAGACAAAUGGAGUGGCCAACCUAUAAUGGAUAGAUCCCCUGAGCUACACUCAUUUGCAGAUGAUGAUAACAUCUCAAUGCACAAGGCAAAAAUAUCAGACAAUUACUAUUCCAUGUUUCAGCUACCUCGAUCAAAUGUUGCACAUCAACAGUUCAUACAAGUCAGCAACUCACUGGAACAAAUCAGGAACAAUCAGGACAUGGACAUAUGUCUGGGCCCGCACGUAAUAUUUUGUAGGACGAUUUUGCCCUUCGGUCGGUUUGACCUGUUUACUGGUUUGAUUGAAUCUGGUCGCCUUCGAUCUGUUUCAUCGAAACAGAGACAGACCACGCAGCGAGACACAAUAGCGCCGCCGCCUCGCUCUCUAGCAACCCUAUUUUGGGGCGGAGGGAGUAAUAUGGAGGACCGUACACACUUAUUCUUUGCUCAUUCAGUCAAAGCUUCUGGUGGAGCAUUGGGAUUGAAUGGAACACAGAUGAAAAUAUUCACAAUAUGA